AUGGCUGAUAUAGAUGGUAAGUUAUUUACUAAAGUAUAUCAUAAACCAUCACAUAAACCAUAUUACUUGCCAUAUAAUAGUGUACAUCCAAUACAUAUUAAGAAAAAUAUUAUUUUCACUAUGUUAUUAAGAACAAUUCGAUAUUGUUCUACAUUUGAAGCAUAUGUACAUGAAAGGGAAUCAUUACGUAUGGCUUUUUUAUUAAACAAAUAUUCAAAUAAAUGUAUUGAUGAACAAUUUAAUAAAACAUGGUCAAAAUUUUAUAUACAUGAAACAAUUGAUUAUAAUAAUUAUGAUAGAUUAAGACAAAAAAUAAUUGAACAUCCUGAAAAAGAAAAAACAUGGAUCGAUUAUAAUAAAAUAAUAUAUCUUAAAAAUUAUCCGGUAUUUAUUCGAAUAAAUGUUCAAUAUAUAUGGAACAUUUAUAUGAACAAUUCAAAUAAAAUUGUAAAAAAUCUUCUUGAUAUUCAACUUAUCAUACUAACUUUACUUUCAAGACCAAUUAUAUUUGAUUCAGCUAAAAUGAAUAAUUUAUGUACACUUGAUAUUAAAUUAACAGACACCUAUGAAAUAUUAUUAACUAAAGCAGCAUAUGAUGAUAGUACAUUAUCAUUAUUUUGUACAAUUAUUGUUCCUACUGAUUUUCAUCUACGAUAUCUUUGA